AUGACUGGCCUCGUGGGCUAUGGAAGCAGUGAUGAGGAGGACUCCGUCGAUGAGAGCGGGCGAAUGCAGUCGAAGUCCCAAACACCCACCCAGUCGGACUUAUCAGUAUCAGGAGGCCAAAGACCACCGAAUAAUACAAGGAAUGAGCCAACUGCGGUCCCAGCAGAAGAUGAAGCUCUCCACCCCGCGCGACCCAACGGAACCGUUCUUGGACCUCCGCCUCAAAAGGUGACCCCAGAGAGCAGCGCUCUUUCCGCCUCUUCUUCACCUUAUGCGCUCCAUCGCGCAACGAUCCGUAGUCUGACGUUGCCUACCAAACCCAACCUUGAUAUCCCCCAGUCGCCUCUUGCCUCGCCCACACCAGGCGCGAACCACAAGUUUUCUCAUUUUCUUGAACUAAAGAAGCAAGGCGUUCAUUUUAACACCAAGCUCGCAUCCUCUUCGGCCCUCAAAAACCCAAGCUUACUACCUAAAUUGAUGGACUUCGCCGGUGUGAGUGGCGAGCGGCAAUACACAACCACAUUGCCCCGCGAGCUGUGGAAUCCAGCGGAAUUUCCUACAUGGGCCUACAAGGAAGAGCUGGCAGAAGCCCAGCAUGGUCUUUCCAAGAAGAAGGGAGAAGAGAGAGUCAAACUUCAACGCGAGAGCAUCGAUUUCGUCGCCGCUGACACUCCAGGACAACCAAGUGGGUUGGUGGUGACAAAGGGAAAAAGAGCAAGUGCUGCGGAGAGGGUUAUGGCGGGGCUAGGCAGGGACAGGAAACCGUCCCCGCAACUGAGCACUGCAGGGGUGCGAAACGAGGUAGAACAGAGGGGACGGACGAGUGAUGGCUUGCAUGCAGGAACAAGAAUAGUGAACCGUAUUCGCGCACCGAAAGAACUGGGCGUCCAACGGUAUCAGCUAGGAAAUACAGUGACUUCUGCACGGCUCGACGUUAAAACAAUGAUACUGACAGAUGCAGUGGGACGGAGAAAUCUCGUUCCGCGCGCUAUCCCUACAAGAGAGAUGGCCGUGCCAGUGGGCGACUCGGGAGGAGCCUCUCCUAAGGUAGUUACGAGGCCGAACCCGCCUUAUGAGGCCGAAAGGGUCGACAUGAUAGGAAGGAGUUAUCAGAAGGAGGAAUGA